ACCCAUAUAUUCCCAUGGGAUGCAUGCAAGUUGUUUUAUAAACAUCAACUUACCACACCACACACAUGGCCAAUUAAUGUCUACAAUCAUUGCGCUGGGUCUUUGUGCCGAGUCAUGCUAAAAUCCUGUCAAACACCAUAUUGCACCACCUAUCUUACAUAUAGUGAGUGCAGGCACCAAUUAAUCGGUCAGGAUAAACUUGUCAGCGGCAAAGGAGAUGCCAUGCCACCCAAGUUCUUUCGUAUAAGCAGCACCCUUCAAUUGUAAUUUGUUUACUGCUACUAAAAUUGAGAUCUGAGACACAGAAACUAAGUUAAUUGGGCUUUGUUUGGCAUGCCUCAAACCUCAUGCAAAUAGCACUUUGGUUUCCGUGAGUGUCUUUGAGAGAGAAUCUUAAAUUCUACAACGGUUCAGUUGUAUUAUUAUAUUUAAUACUAUUUAAUCUCCAACAGUAUAUAUAGUAGUAUAUACUGACGAUUCUGAUGUGGGAGUGUGAGAACAGAGUAGCAGAGUGUUUGUCAAACAAACAAGGUUGUCUCUGAAGUUGUGGCGAAAGGAGGAUCUUCUUGCCUUUGCUUGAGAGAUUUCUUUUUUGUUGUCUUCUUGUACAGGACGGAAAGCAUUAUGGUAUCUUUCGGUUCAUUUUCACAGUGGUAACUAAUAUGCAGGUGGAGUGAUACCAUAAAAAUGCAUGUCUGAACAUCCCAACAAAAGAAGUUAAGGUACAGAAGCUGAACUGAUCUCCGAUGGAGAAGCUUAUUAGGCCUUGCGACAAAGAAUACAUGAGGAUGACCAUGCUAAAACACCAAGACACUUUCAAAGAGCAGGUGUACGAACUUCAUCGUUUGUAUCGGAUUCAGAAGAUAUUGAUGAAAAAUAUGGAAGCCAGAAGUGGUAUUGAAGUAAACCAACGAGGAUGGAACUUAAAAAAUGUGAUUAGUUUAACUCAAAAUGGUAGUCAUAAUGGUGCACAGAAAAAUCCUAUAUUGAACUUUGAUCUUGAAAGUCCUGCUAAGGAGGACAAUGCAGAAUCUGACAGCGAUGGAGUUCUAGAGAUUACAAAUGAGACUGAGAUUGAGCUGACACUAGGCCCUUCAAGUUACAAACGUAAAAUAGUGGAGACACCACUGACUUCAGAUUCGGCACAUAGCUUGUCUUCUUCUUCUACUGGAUCUUGCCUUAUAAACAAGACAAGAUUGAAGACCCAUCAUAGCAGUUAUUCAACUGUAGAAGAAUUAAGUGGAGGCUUAAUUGGCCUUGUCCAGGUGCCACAUUCAACCGCAGGGUGCCAAAGUGGAAUUAGAAACAGUUAUGAUUUUGAAGAACAAUCAAGAGACGAGAGAUUGAACCAGCCACCUUGGUUUUUUCAAGUAUUGAAUCUGAACACGACCUAAAAAUAUUACAACGUCAUUGUGAUGUAUAUUUAAUUACUGAUUAAGACUAACUUUGUGAGUUGUGAAUGAUGUUUCUGUGAAAUUUUCUUCGUAGCUAUCAAGUGUGACAAGGUAUGAUGAUGUCUUGUAUAGAAGUUACUUGUUUUCAUGGUUAAACAAACCAAUUAUAAUUCCGGAAUCACAUAUGACUGAUA